AUGGCUACUGCUGCUGCUGCUGCCGUGUCUGCUGCUGCUCUUCGCUCCGAACCUGAAGUCGAAGUUGCGGGGGUGUGCACACCCCAACAGCUCCUGCCCCAAGCUUACCGCCUCUGCCGUGACGCGGCCAACAAGGCGGGGUUUGAGUCCAGUCUUCCCAAGGUGAACUGCGUUGUCAAGAGACGGGAAUCCCGCCGCACCUUCACGCCCCCGGGAGAAGCUCAAGCGCACGAGGUUGCCGAAGAUGGGGAUUGUGCUUACCACGCCUUGCUGAAAGGUCUCCAGGCGAGUCUUGGACAGACGAACAUGCGUGUUCCACGACUGUCUGAUGGUGUGAAGAGUGCCCUCAAACACAGCAUCAUCUCCCACAUCCUGGGACCAUCAGCGUCGCAAGCGGUCAUGACCACUCUGCUUUCGAAUGAGCAGACGGGUCGGGCUCGCGCUCUUCAGUGCACUGAAACGUUCCGGAUGCAUCCGUAUGAGCUGAAUACACCUGAACCCGCGGACAAUGGCGUGAUGACCUACGGUUGGCUGGAUUCGAUAGUGCAAGAGAAGCUACGGACGGAGUGGCUGGACUUGUGCUGGCUUUCACUCAUCCCCGAAAUUACAGGGUCAA